GGCCAGGCGGAAGGGGGGUCCCCGAAGGGCCAGGUUACGCAGAUGGGGCCGGGGGGGGGCAAACCUCUCCCCAGCGGCCCGGGCGGGAACCGAGCAUAGAGACCCGGGAGGGGCAGCGUGGGGGAGCCCCUGCCCAGCGGGCUGGGACGCGACGGGCGGCCGGCAGGGGGAACCCGCGGGUGGGGAGGAGGGCGGCGCGGUGGGGGAGUUGCUCCUGGGUCCGCGCGGCCGUGGAGCAGGGUGGCGGGUGCCGCGCACAAUUUUCGGUUGGCCAGCUCUGCUCCGGGAUCCCCUACUAGAAGGUCCCCGAGAUGAAGGGGGAUCCUGGCGGGGGAGGAUAGAGCCGAGACUAGAGAAUCCAUUGGCUCCUCUGCCCAGCGUCCGCGAACGCCUUCCUGAAGGAUAGGUUUGGACCCGCUCCUGGAUCCAAACUCUUGCAGGGCCAGGAGACAAAAUGUCAUCACAUUUUUUGCCGGUAUCACUGGCUCCUGAAGAUAAAGGAAAAGAUGACUCAGUCAAAAAGGACAAGCCAUAUAAGAUCUUUUUCAAAGAUCUGUUUCUUUUCAAAGAAAAUGAAAUGGCAGCAAAGAAAAAGGAAAAAAUUAUGAACCGCAGCAUGAAAGUCUACCAGAAGUCUACUUUUUCAUCUCGAAUGAAGAGUCGUUCACACCUGGGCCAAGUAGCAUUCUACGCUGACACAGCUGGGGGCUCAUUUGAAAAAUUUGGGCUAGAUCCCACUCUUAUUCUAAGAUUAACAGAAGGUACGGACACAAAAAGGACUAUUCAUGAGUUUAUUAAUGACCAGAGAGACCGGUUUCUGCUGGAGUAUGCCCUGUCAACCAAAAGAAAUACAAUUAAAAAGUUUGAAAAACACAUGGUGGCGAAGGAAUGGCAACUCACAAGAGCCGAAAAAAAGCUCCAAGAAGAUGCAAUGGCCUUUGAAGAGUUCCUUCGAGAAAAUGACCAGAGAUCUGUAGAUGCUCUUAAAACUGCAGCACAGGAAACUAUAAACAAACUCCAAAUGACAGCAGAACUGAAGAAAGCCAGUAUGGAGGUGCAGGCGGUGAAAAGUGAGAUAGCAAAAACAGAAUUCCUCCUUAGAGAGUACAUGAAAUAUGGAUUUUUUCUGCUGAAAUUGUCUCCAAAACACUGGCAAAUCCAACAAGCGCUGAAAAGGGCGCAGAUGACAAAGAGUAGAGAGAGUAUGAAUGUCAGUCUUCCAGUACUAACAAAAUUGAAAUUAAAUACAACGAAAGCAGAGGGCAGUAAUGAGGAUGCCGGGAAGGUAUCAUUUUCAGAUGACUAUUACAUGGAAAGAGGUCGCCAAGGAAAACCACACAAGAAGCCCACUCUAACCAUAGGGAAUAAGAAAUCAUCCUUAUCAAGCCACGCUGAGAGUAUCAGUUCAGAAGACAGUUUGGAAUUCUUUUUAGACGAUGAUACGGACUAUGAUCUGGAGCCAGAGCUUUAUUUCAAAGAACCAGAAGAGUUACUUCAAGUCCUCACAGAGCUGGAAGAGCAGAAUCUAACUUUGGUACAGUAUUCCCAAGAUGUAGAUGAAAAUCUUGAAGAUGUAAAUAAAAGAGAAAAACUUAUACAGGAUAAGAUAAAUAGCAACAUAGAGUUUCUUCUGGAGCACAAGGAAAUGCUUAAGGCUAGCUGUGUGAGAGAAGAGGAAAAAGCAGCAGAACUGGAAUUAAGGUCCAGGCUAUUUAGUUUUGGAGAAUUUAAAUCAGACACUCAGGAAAAACUGAUAGACUCUCUUAGCAAAAAAAUUAAUCAAGUAUACAAAGUCUGCAUUGGAGAUGCUGAUGUUGGCAGCCUCAACCCAGUUCAAAAGCUGGUAAAAGUAGAGUCUCGCCUCGUAGAACUGAGUGAUCUCAUUGAAUCCAUUCCCAAAGAAAAUGUGGAGGCAAUUGAGAGGAUAAAACAGAAAGAACGGCGGCAAAAGUUACGUGAAGAGAAAAUGAAAGAAAAACAAAAACACCAGGAGGAAAGGCUAAGAGCUGCUCUGGAAAGAGCAGUAGCACAACCAAAGAAAAAGCUGGGAAGACGACUUGUCUAUCGCUCAAAACCGCCAUCUGGUAACAAACAUGAACUACUUUUAGUCAAGGAUACAAGAACAAAAUCACUAGAGGAUGAAUAUUUUUUCACUUGAAUAGAAGCAGUAAGACAUUUAUUACCAGAAUUUUUUAGGCAUAUUUUGUAGAUUCUGGUUUCCAUUAAUGGCAGUAUUCUGCCCCAUAUGCUGGUCUAAGCAAUUUGAGGAAGACAGCACUUAUUCUAGUGGUUAUAGGAUUGGGAAUGGGAGUUAUUUUCUUUUGUUGAAGCCUUUUAUUAUCAUAUACUAAGUAAAAUUCCAUACAGCUAAACAUUUUUAUCUUUGAGUUGUCCCAGUUGGGGAUACACAUCCAAAGUUUACUUUACUGGUGUAACUAUGUGGUGAAUGACCAUUAAAGUGCAAUAAUGGCAUUCUCUGACCACAUGGGACUUUAAAUGACCUAAUUUGUUUUCAACCAGUUCACAGUUCAUAGUAUAUAUUUUAUCACUGUGGAAUAUACAUUUUAACAAUGUAUAACUCUAAAUGGUUUUGAGGAGUUUAAAACAUAAAUGAAAACCACUAGUACUAUCCUCAGAAUUUAACUGUGAGACUGGUUUUUAAUUCACAUUAAGGAGUUCUGUUCAGAACACUUAAUUCUCUUAAGUGAACAAACCAAAUGCUUUUAGCCUAAAUAUCAGUUCACAAUUUCUGUUGUGCUCUAUAUCCACAAUCAUUUUAAUUUUCAGGUGAUGUUUCAAUUUUAGCUGUAACAUGUACAUUACUUAGCUUACACUGACAUAGAAUUAACAUGUAAUUUGUUAGCUACUAAGUAAAAUAAAACAGUAUGUAUUAAUUCUAAGAAAAUAUUUAACUUAAUACAUGUCAAAAGUUGUUCAAAAAUAACUUUAAAAGAAAGUUGUUUUUAAAAGGUCUCAGUUAAUAUAGAAUUACAAGAAAAGGGCUGAAAUUCACUUUCAUAAAUGUUUAUGAAGCAUAUAAUUUUCCCCUGUAGAAAAAAAGAUUACUGAGC